UGUCAUAUUUCAUCUCUGUUUUCGUCAAGUUUUCGUGUGUUGGCGUUAUUUUCAUUUUCUGUUUUGAAGACGUUCAAUUUACAUAAUUUUUCGGUGAUUUCGUAUACCAGCAUCACAACGAAAUGAAUCGUCGACGGGCGCACGACGAGGAAGAUGGAUAUGAACGGUUGCAUCGGAAGAGACGUCGUGUAUCAGAAAAUCAAGAGAUAGAGGACAGACUAGAGUCCCUUAUUUUGAGGGUUGGCGAGAAAAGUAGCUCUAGUUUAGAGAGUAAUUUGGAAGGCUUAGCGAGUGUUUUAGAAGCCGACUUGAGCACUUUCCGUGUAAAAAUUCUCCGUAUUCUCACUGAAUGUGCGAUCCGAAUGCCAGAGAAGUGUACAAUAUAUGCUACAUUGGUUGGAUUGCUCAAUGCUAAGAAUUACAACUUUGGUGGAGAGUUUGUGGAUUACAUCGUGAAAACCUUCAAGGAGAACCUUAAAACUGGCAAGUGGAACGCGGCGCGAUACUGUCUGCGAUUUAUAUCGGAUCUGGUGAACUGCCAUGUGUUGGCUGCUUCAUCAUUGUUGACAUUGUUGGAGACAUUGGUAGAUUGUGCUAAUGAGGAUGGAGUCCCGCAAGUGAGGCGGGACUGGUUUGUAUUUGCCGUGUUGUCAGCAUUGCCCUGGGUCGGCAGAGAGUUGUAUGAAAAAAAAGAGUCUCAACUGGAUCAUUUACUUGUCACAAUUGAAGUGUUCCUCAAUAAGAGGAGCAAAAAACACUGGCCAGCAUUGAAGGUGUGGUCGGCAGACACCCCUCACCUCCAGGAAGAGUACUUAGAUUGCCUCUGGGCUCAAAUCAAGAAAUUGAGGCAGGAUAACUGGUCAGAGAAACACAUUCCAAGGCCAUAUCUUGCAUUUGACUCCAUUCUCUGUGAAGCUUUGCAGCAUACAUUGCCAUCUAUUCAGCCACCACCGCACAAUGAUGGCGACUCAUAUCCAAUGCCGCGUGUGGUGUUCCGAAUGUUUGACUACACAGACUGUCCUGAUGGGCCGGUGCUUCCUGGAGCUCACUCUAUCGAGAGAUUCCUCAUCGAAGAGCAUCUGCACAACAUUAUUGAGGCUUACCAUUUAGAACGGAAAGAAUGUGCAGCGCAGCUCCUCUGCUUCCCGUACAAGGCAAAAAUCCCAUUGGAGUAUUGCAUAGUUGAGGUUAUCUUUGCUGAAUUGUUCAACCUCCCGAGGCCAAGAUAUUUAGAAAUUGCCUAUGGGUCUAUCCUGAUUGAGCUAUGCAAGCUUCAACCAUCUACAAUGCCUCAAGUUCUUGCUCAGGCUACUGAGAUUCUAUUUCUACGCAUUGAUACCAUGAAUGUGGCUGCUUUUGACAGAUUUGUGAACUGGUUUAGCUACCAUCUGAGUAACUUCCAGUAUCGCUGGUCUUGGGACGACUGGGAGACGGCGACGCAGCUCGACCCGGACCACCCGAAGCCACGGUUCAUCAGGGAGGUGCUUGGCAAGUGUCUCAGGCUGUCAUAUCAUCAAAGAAUUAAAGACAUGGCUCCAGAGGCUUUCGCCGCCUUUGUCCCUCUUAAACCCGAGCCCAUCUACAAAUACUCCAUGGAAGGCGCAGCAUCUCUCCCGGGCACAGAAGCGGCUCACCAACUGGUCAUUUGCGUGCGCAACAAAUGCACGCCAGAAGAGGCUCUGAACGUCCUUCGUGAGCUGCCCAACCCGUUGCGGGAGGGUGAGGGCGCGGCCAACGCCACCAGCUACAACCCGCUCAAGAUAGACGUGUUCGUCCAAACCUUACUCAACCUUGGCAGCAAGAGCAUCUCACACAGUUUUGCUGCUAUAUCCAAAUUCCAUUACGUCUUCAAGAUCCUAGCAGAAUCAGAAGAAGCGCAAAUCUGCGUGUUGCGCAACGUAUGGGAACUCUGGCAGAGACACCCGCAGAUGGUGUGUGUGCUGGUGGACAAGAUGCUCAAGACGCAGAUCGUGGAGUGCAGCGCCGUGGCCACGUGGCUAUUCUCCAAGGAAAUGGCCACCUACUUCACGCACGGGUACCUCUGGGAGGUUCUGCAUCUCACCAUCGACAAGAUGAACAAACACGUCUCGAAGCUCAGUGGUGAACUGCAAGAAGCGAGAGAAGCGUUGGCCAGAGCCGACUCGAGCAGCUCUGACUCUGAAGAUGAGAACAGCAGCAAAAAGAAGAAAGACCAAGAUAAGCCUACUGAGGAGGCAGUAGAACGCAUGGAGGAGCGUCUAGAAGCAGCCCAUACAGACCAGAAGCGUCUGUUCCUGAUAGUGUUCCAGCGGUUCAUCAUGAUCCUGUCUGAGCACCUGGUGCGCUGCGACACGGACGCGCGCGACCCCGACACCUUCUGGUACCGCAGCACGGUCGGCAGGCUGCGGCAGGUGUUUUUAGCUCAUCACGAACAAGUGCAGAAGUACAGCAGCACGCUGGAAACGCUCCUAUUCACGCAGGACCUGGACCCUCACAUCCUGGAUGUGUUCCACCAGUUCGUCGCACUCACAGCAUAGACUGCGUGGAUUGGAACGUGUGACGAAAUGGCGGACGCAAAUACACUAAGACUGUAAGGCAGGGCUUUUCAUAGAUUAUCAAAACACAGAGGACAGAAAUAAACCAGCCUACUAUGAUGACUAAUCAUCAGCAGCUGUAAAUUACCUAUUUUGUAAAAUAAUGCAGAAGUGACAGGAAAUUUUCUUUUGAGGAUACCCAUAGUCAUUCACAGUUUUUGCAAGAGACACAUUUACUGUAGCCAACUGGAUAAGCCAUUCACUUUUGACAAGUUAUUUUAGUUAGACACCUGACUUUUAACAGACCAUUUGUUUUUGACUUUUGUCACGCGUAAUUCGUAUCGGGCGCUAACCUCACCCUCUCUAGGUCUUACUUUAGUCUUCUUCUUCUAUCGUGUGGGUUGUGAGUACCAACCUCAUCAACCCUGGUGUCAGGGUUACUAUUGAGCCGCCAAAGGCCCCUGACAUGGCUCAUGUAACGACUACUUAAUUACGUCACUAAGUAGUAACCGAGACCAACGGCUGAACGUGCCUUCCGAUGCACGAAUCGUCUUACUUUCGGACAAUCUGGUUAUCAGCCAGUAAUGUCCUAACAAAACUAGGGAUCACAAAGUAAUUUUUGUGAUAUGACCCCACCGGGAAUCGAACCCGGGACCUCCGGAUCCGGAGCUCAACGCUCAACCACUGGAGCACGGAGGUCGUUUCUUUAGUCUUGAGGAGUUAGAGGCAGGGUGCACGAUUAGUGUCUCGGUCGCAAUUACGCGUUACGGUUGAACCACACCUCCCAGCAGGCUACAGUUUACGCACGCUAUAGCGUACUUACGCGCGCUAUCGCCUCGUCGAUUCAGUCGCGCGAUCGCUCUCUCGCUUUAGCAAAUGACUGUUCUGAGCAACAGAAAAGGAUAGAAGCAAAGGAUAGUUCGAUAAGGUGCUGACAAAUGUGGUCUAUUCCUUACGAGGCACACAGGUAAUAAUGAGAUUUUUGUAUGGCGUGUCCGGGUUAUGUUAUGAUACACUAUAAAGUGUUAAUGCUUGAAUGCCUUCCAUAACUAUGAAAGGCUCUGCCUUUGUUGUCCUGCGUGUUGUGCUUGUAGUAUGAAGGGAUGUCAAAUGAAUCUGUUUACUUGAAGUUUAUAACGUGACUGAUGCUCUAAUUAAGAUCAAUAAUGGCCCCGAUUCCUGCAGACACCAUCUAAUUUUAUUAUACCUGUCAUUUUCUUAUCCACUGAAAAGGAAAGGGACGGGUAAUCGACAGGCAUAAAAUUUAUGGAACACACGUCAAUAUUGGCCAAUAAUUAAGUUGACAGCCCACGUCAAACGUAUUUUAAAAUUAACAGUUGUCAAUCUUCUGUCUCUUUCCUUUUCGGCGGAUAAGUUCAUGACGAGAAUAACUUAAAAUAAAGUUAAGAGGUGUCUGCAGGAAUCGGGGCCAUUACCUGUUAAGCGUGCUGGAAGAAAAGUAUUCCUCUAUUGUAAAUAGGGUAAAUAAAUUAUUUUAAGCAUGGAUUUAAA